AUGCAGUCCUCACCGGGAAUGUUGACCAAGUUCGAGUCUAAGUCCUCGCGAGCUAAAGGCAUUGCCUUUCACCCCAAGAGACCAUGGAUCCUCGUGUCGCUACACUCGUCCACCAUCCAACUCUGGGAUUACCGAAUGGGAACAUUGAUUGAUCGCUUCGAAGAGCACGACGGCCCCGUCCGUGGAGUCGAUUUCCACAAGACACAGCCGCUUUUCGUCUCUGGCGGUGACGAUUACAAGAUCAAGGUCUGGUCUUACCAGACACGACGCUGCCUUUUUACACUCAAUGGCCAUCUUGACUACGUUCGGACCGUUUUCUUCCACCAUGAACUUCCAUGGAUUUUGUCAGCCUCCGAUGACCAGACCAUUCGGAUAUGGAAUUGGCAGAACCGAUCGUUGAUCUGCACCAUGACUGGCCAUAACCACUAUGCCAUGUGCGCUCAGUUCCAUCCCAAGGAAGACCUCGUCGUUUCAGCAUCGCUCGAUCAGUCCGUCCGUGUUUGGGACAUCUCCGGCCUCCGAAAGAAGCAUUCUGCCCCCACCUCGAUGUCUUUCGAAGACCAGAUGGCUCGCGCCAACCAGAACCAAACCGAUAUGUUUGGUAAUACCGAUGCUGUUGUCAAGUUCGUUCUCGAGGGCCACGAUCGUGGCGUCAACUGGGUUGCUUUCCAUCCCACCAUGCCCCUCAUUGUUAGCGCUGGAGACGACCGCCUAGUGAAGCUGUGGCGCAUGAGCGAGACCAAGGCCUGGGAAGUCGAUACAUGCAGAGGCCACUUCCAGAAUGCGUCGGGAUGUCUAUUCCACCCCCACCAGGACUUGAUCUUGUCUGCCGGAGAAGACAAGACCAUCCGCGUGUGGGAUCUGAAUAAACGAACCGCGGUUCAGUCAUUCAAGCGAGAGAAUGACCGCUUCUGGGUCAUUGCAGCACACCCUGAGAUCAACCUUUUUGCGGCCGGUCAUGACAAUGGUGUGAUGGUCUUUAAAUUGGAGCGAGAGCGCCCUGCUUCCGCUGUCCACCAGAACUUGCUUUUCUACGUCACCAAGGAGAAGCAUGUCAGGUCAUAUGAUUUCCAGAAGAAUAUUGAGAGCCCUACACUUUUAUCGCUCAAGAAGCUUGGCAGUGCCUGGGUUGCGCCCCGAACACUGUCUUUCAACCCUGCUGAGCGUUCUAUCUUGGUUACUUCGCCCGCUGACGGUGGAUCAUACGAACUGGUUAACCUUCCUAAAGAUGGAUCCGGUGGUAUCGAGCCUACUGAAUCCAAACGCGGUGCUGGAAGCUCUGCCAUUUUCGUCGCCCGAAAUCGAUUUGCCGUCCUUAACUCCGCCAAUCAGACUAUUGACAUUAAAGAUCUUUCUAAUAACACGACGCGGUCCUUCAAGCCUCCAACUGGCACUACUGACAUUUACUUCGGAGGCACUGGUAAUCUUCUCAUUAUCACCCCCACCGCUGUGCACCUCUAUGAUAUUCAGCAAAAGAAGAGCACUGCCGAGCUUGCUGUCAAUGGUGUCAAGUAUGUUGUUUGGUCCAACGACGGGCUUUAUGCCGCUCUUUUAAGCAAGCAUAAUGUCACAAUUGUGUCAAAGACCCUCGAGCAGGUUAGCACACUGCACGAGACUAUUCGCAUCAAGAGCGCUACUUGGGACGAUGCUGGCGUUCUGCUUUAUUCCACUCUUAACCAUGUAAAGUACACUCUGCUCAAUGGCGACAAUGGCAUUGUUCGAACUCUUGAUCAGACUGUCUACUUGGUCAAGGUUAAGGGUCGUAACGUUUACUGCCUUGACAGAGCCGCCAAGCCUCGUAUCCUUCAGAUUGACCCCACGGAAUACCGAUUUAAGUUGGCACUCGUCAAGCGCAAUUAUGAAGAGAUGCUUCAUAUUAUUCGAAACUCUAGCCUGGUCGGCCAAUCUAUCAUUUCAUAUCUUCAAAAGAAGGGUUACCCUGAAAUCGCUCUUCAGUUCGUCCAGGACCCCACCACUCGAUUCGAUCUUGCUGUUGAGUGUGGCAACCUUGACGUUGCCGUUGAGAUGGCUAAGGAACUUGAUAAGCCCAAGUUCUGGACCCGCCUGGGCACAGAAGCGUUGGCUCACGGUAAUCACCAAUAUGUUGAGAUGUGUUACCAAAAGCUCAAGCAGUUUGAUAAGCUAUCUUUCUUGUACCUUGCUACUGGUGACCGAUCUAAGCUUGCCCGUAUGGCCAAGAUAGCUGAGCACCGUGGCGAUUUUACCUCACGGUUCCAGAACGCGGUUUAUCUUGGAGCGGUCGAUGACCGCAUCCAGAUGUUCAAGGAGAUUGACCUUUAUCCCCUAGCUUACAUGACUGCUAAGUCCCACGGCCUUGAGGAAGAAUGUCAAGCUAUUCUGGAGGCCACCGGCGUGACCGAGGAAGAUCUUACUCUACCCACUCUUGGGGCACCUCUAUCUGCUCGUGAUCCUAUUGUGCCAACUUUCAAGUCUUCGUGGCCCACAAAAGCUACCUCACAAUCAUUCUUUGAGAAGGCCCUCCUAGGCCAAGUCGAAGGAUUGUCCCUAGAGGAUGAACCUACUGCCGCCAAUGCAGCAUUCGAUGACGCUAUGGAGCUUGACUCUGCUACCAAACGCAACGGCGGCUUGGCUGAUGAAGAUGACGAAGAUGUUGCUGGCUGGGAUAUGGGAGAUGACGAUAUUCCCGAGGCUGAUAGCGACUUUGUCAACGUCGAGAGUGUCGACGCUGGUGGUGCUGCCAGCAGCGAGGCUGACAUGUGGGCACGGAACUCGCCCUUGGCUGUGGACCAUGUUGCUGGUGGUUCGUUCGAAACUGCCAUGCAGCUCCUCAACCGACAGGUUGGUGCCGUCGACUUUGCGCCGCUCAAGACACGAUUUUUGGAGGUCUACUCGGCUUCUAAGACUUUCCUCCCUGCCUCUGAAGGACUACCACCCUUGGUGAACUACGUCCGCAGAACUCUGGAUGAAACCGACCCCAGGAAGGUUCUUCCUAUUAUCCCCCGGGACUUGGAGCAUCUUGCCUCCAAUGACCUGCAGGCAGGAUAUGACUCGAUGAAGGCCAACAGGCUAGACGCUGGUCUCGGUAUCUUUAAGGGUAUCCUCCACUCUAUCCUCGUUAACGCCGUAAUAAGCGAGGAUGAGGUUGCUGAGGCAAAGAAGCUCAUUACAUCGGCCAGCGAGUAUGCGGUUGCUAUGAGCAUCGAACUAGCAAGGAGACAGCUGGGCAGUGCUGAGACCAUUGCCCAGGAUCCCGAGAAGCUUCAGAGGAGUCUGGAGUUGUCUGCUUACUUUACCAUCCCCAAGAUUGAGGUGCCUCACCGACAACUUGCUCUUUUGAGUGCCAUGCAGUUGGCUAUCCGCAACAAGAACUACAACUCUGCUUUGAGCUUCGCCAAUCGCAUUAUUGCUAACGGUGGCGCUACCAAGAUUGUUGAGAACGCUAAGAAGACCAAGGCUCAGUGUGAGCGCAACCCUAAUGACGCCAUUGAGAUUGAGUUCGACCAAUUCGCCGAGUUCGAUGUGUGUGCAGCCAGCCAUACACCUAUCUACAGCGGUACUGCGUACGAGGAGUGUGCCUUCGAUGGCUCCAAAUAUCACUCCAAGUAUAAGGGCACUGUGUGCCGGGUAUGUGGAGUGUGUGAAAUUGGCAAGCACGGAAGCGGUUUGAAGCUCUUUGCCUAA